UUUUUUCGGCCCCCUCCAUCCGUUCAAGCAACAUCCGCGGAUCCGAUUGGCCAUCAAAAAUGAAGAUUACCGCGGGGCUCCUGCUCCUUCUGGCCCUUGCAGCACCUCAUCACUGUAAACGGACAAAACGAUGGGACGAAAGCAAGGGGCAAAAUCAGGAAGGCUGGGUUCGAGGUACCGCUGGUGUCGACUACCCCGACUACAAGGAAAUUCCCCGCACAAGUUUUCGCUGCAGUCAGCAGCCGUACGAAGGCAUGUACGCUGACUUGGAGGCGCAAUGUCAGGUUUACCACGUGUGCCACAAUGGCCGAAAGGAGAGCUUCCUGUGUGGACCAGGAACAAUCUUCAACCAGCAGAUCCGUGCCUGUGACUACUGGUACAGCUUCGAGUGCGACGAAGCACCCAACUGGUACUACCUAAACGCCGAAGUGAACGUUGAGAGUCCGCAGCCGCUGCAGCCUCUGCCCGGAGGCACUGGAGGUGGUGCAGGUGGUGGGGGCGGCGGAGGUCGUCCAGGACCAGCCUACCUGCCCGGCGGCACUGGCGGGGCAGCAGGAGGCGCAGGCGCGCCAGGCGCCGGAGGCUAUCCUGGCUCGGGUGGCGCGGGUCGAUACCCAGGAGGUUCCGGCUCUCCGGGGUCAGGCGGUUAUCCCGGUGGCCCUGGGGGACCAGGUUCUGGAGGAGCUCCCGGUUCUGGUGGCUACCCUGGUGGUGCUGGUGGUUACCCUGGAGGAGGUGCCGGCCGGCCCGGUGCAGGAGGUUACCCAGGCUCUGGAGCUAAAGGACCUGGCGCUGGCGGAUACCCUGGAUCUGGAGCCGGUAGACCUGGUGCUGGCGGCUAUCCAGGAGGGGGAGGCUACGGCUCUGGCGCUGGCCCUAGGCCGGGCUCUGGUAGACCCGGUGGAAAACCAGCUGGCGGACCUGGCGGUCCAGGGGGAUCAGGCGGUUACGGUAGUCCUGGUGGCCUGGGAGGACCUGGUGGGCCCGGUGGUCCUGGUGGUUAUGGUGGUCCCAGUGGUCCCAGUGGUCCCAGUGGUCCCAGCGGUCCCAGUGGUCCUGGAGGCCCCGGAGGAUCUGGUGGUUACGGUGGUCCCAGUGGUCCCGGUGGCCCCGGAGGAUCAGGCGGUUACGGUGGUCCGAGUGGGCCCGGUGGUCCCGGAGGUCCCGCUGGUUAUGGUGGUCCGAGUGGUGCCGGCGGUCCCAGAGGGUCUGGCGGUUACGGUAGCCCUAGUGGUCCAGGAGGUCCUGGAGGUCCUGGAGGUUACGGUGGUCCCAGUGGCCCCGGUGGUCCUGGUGGACCUGGGGGUCCUAGUGGUCCGAAAGGACCAGGUGGUCCCAAGGGACCAGGGGGCCUCGGAGGGUCUGGAGGUCCUGGUGGUCCAGGAGGCCCCGGUGGUUAUGGAGGCUACGGAGGACCUGGAGCAGGUGCUGGAGCCGCACCUGGUGGCCCUGGCCCAUACUUGGCGGGUGGUGGUCCUGGUUCUGGGUCUUAUCCCGGCGCUGGUGCCACGGCUCCCCAAGGUGGAUCGCGCCCUUCGGCUGGUGGAUAUGGUGUCGUUCCAUCUGGGCCUCGCCCGGCGCCGGCCACGUAUCCAGGUGCAUCAGGAGCCGAUGCCUAUCCGGGCGCAGGCGCCGGUCCAGGCGCAUCAGGAGCCGGUAGCUAUUCCUCCACCUACAGUGCACGCUCUUCGUACUCCUCCUCAAGCUCUUUCAACACCUUUACCGAUUCGGGCAGUGGUGGUGGCUAUCCUGACUCUGUCGGCACGGGCGCGUUUCCUAUAGCUGGAACAGCAAUCGCCGUGUCUCCGGGAUCAGGCGGUAGCGUCUACGGCGGUUACACCAAGUCGACAGGUGGCUCUUCUUUCCACAAAAAGGGCCCUCUCGAGCUCGAGUCACCGCAUUCGCCUGGUCCCGGCUCGACCGGCUUUUCUAAACCGGGUGCCCGGCGACCGAUUAGUGGUGGUGGGUUUGGUGGUGGCGGUGCUUAUGGCGGGCCCCAGUCUUUUCCGGGGUCCGGCGGAUAUGACACGGCACAUUUGUCGCCGAUUCAAGGUGCACAACCCGGAGGAGGCGGAGCGUGGCAGGGACCUGAGUACCCGAGCCCCAAUGCUGGCACUGGUGGCGGCGGUGGUGGCUACUACACGUCCGACAGCGGGGCCUACUCGGGCGGUUCCGCAUACCCCGGACAGGACGCUUCCGGCCAGCUACCCGGCGGUGCUCCCCAGAGGCCGCGAGGAGGAGGUCGGGGCCGCAGGCCGCAGGGUGGCUACGGGUCACCUAUGAUGAUGGGCGGCGCCGGCGGUGACUGAGGUUCAUUCGCGGGGACAAAUGAUAGUGUCCACUUUCGUGGCCGCUGUUGCAAAACUACUUCCUAGACAAUGAUACCAACGGACACUAUGCCGUCAAGGCUAUGAGAUAACAUGAAAACAUGACGUGAAACAGUAUUUUUGCUGCCAGGCAACUCGAGAUCUCCAACCAGAAACGUCGCAACGCUCCACUUAGUUACUUUUAUGAACUGAAUUAGGCUUACUGUAUAGAAAAUUGAGUUGUUUGUGUAGCGUAUCCAUGAUCACUGUUUCCUUUCGGUAUGUCAACUACAUUAGAAGGAAAUACUAACGAACCGACUUAGGCCUCAGUGUCGGUUGGCAUAUUCGCACACCGAAGAAGGUGUUCUUGUUUUCGCGAUUGAUAUGACAUUGUUGUUGCCUUUAUUUUCGUUGACGCAUUUCCUUCUCAGCUCUUGUUCAUUGUUGUUACCAUAUAUGCCAUUUUCUAUUUUCAUUGUUCGACUUUAGCAAAGACGCCUCACGCUGAAAGAACGAAGCAUGCUGUUGAAGGUGGUUGCUUUUUGCCGUUGCUUAAGAUUCCUAUGUGUUACUUACAAAAGAAUCAGCAGAAGUGAGUGUUAAUUCCGCAGCACUGUCAACACCGCGUCGGAGGGUAGCUCAGCAAGACUACAGUAAUGUGCCUUUCUUUCGCGUAGCGAAAGAAAUUGAGGGCACUGAUUGUUGAAUUUGAAAGUAAUAAAAAAA